GCCAUGGAGGGAAGCGGCCGCAGCAGCAGCAGCAGCAGCGCGGGGUUCCUGCCGCGCUUCGCGCACUUCGCCACGCAGGCCAUCCACGCGGGCCAGGAGCCCGAGCAGUGGCGCUCGGGCGCCGUGGUGCCGCCGCUCUCGCUCUCCACCACGUUCAAGCAGCGCGCGCCGGGGCAGCACUCGGGUUUUGACUAUAGCCGGAGUGGAAAUCCUACCCGAAAUUGCCUGGAAAAGGCUGUAGCUACGUUGGAUGGUGCUAAAUACUGUAAGCUAUUAAUAGCUUCCUUAAACGUGAUGUCAGCACAU